AAAUGUUUUCUUGGAGCCUUAAAAAUGGAGAUGACAGAAGUGACUGGUGUGUCGCUGAAACGUGGGUCUGUUGCUGUUGAAGACAAUGACAGGGUGGCCCCAGCUGAGGAGGCAAAAAGACAGAAGAUCUUGGACCAUUGUCUGACCAAAAGUCAGAGCGAGCUGGAGCAUGUCUCUCCACCCAGUGGGGUCAACGUGCCUGAGCCACCUGAGGCUGUGAGUGCCAGAAAGGGUACAAAGAAUUCUGAUGUGCAGUUGGAAGAAGAGGAAGAGGAGGAGGAAGAUGGCCUCUCUGAGGAGGUUGAGGAGGAGGAGGAAGCUGAGAGUUUUGCAGACAUGAUGAAGCACGGCCUCACUGAACUUGACGUUGGCAUCACCAAGUUUGUAAGUUCUCAUCAGGGAUUCUCAGGCAUCUUGAAAGAAAGAUACUCCGACUUUGUUGUUCAUGAAAUAGGAAAAGACGGACGCAUCAGCCAUUUGGAUGACUUGUCUGUCCCCGUGGAUGAGGAGGAUCCAACGGAAGACGUAUUUACGGUUUUGACAGCUGAAGAAAAGCAGCGUUUAGAAGAGCUCCAGCUUUUUAAAAAUAAGGAAACUAGUGUUGCCAUCGAGGUUAUUGAGGACACCAAAGAGAAAAGAACCAUCAUCCAUCAAGCGAUUAAAUCUCUGUUUCCAGGAUUAGAGACAAAAACAGAGGAUAGAGAGGGGAAGAAAUAUAUUGUAGCCUACCAUGCAGCUGGAAAAAAGGCUCUGGCAAAGGUCAGAACUGCAGCAGAUCCAAGAAAACAUUCUUGGCCAAAAUCUAGGGGAAGUUACUGCCACUUUGUACUCUACAAGGAAAACAAAGACACCAUGGAUGCUAUUAACGUACUGUCUAAAUAUUUACGAGUCAAACCAAACAUAUUCUCCUACAUGGGAACCAAAGAUAAACGGGCCAUAACCGUUCAAGAGAUUGCUGUUCUCAAAAUAACUGCUCAAAGACUUGCCCACUUGAACAAGUGCUUGAUGAACUUUAAGCUAGGGAAUUUCAGCUAUCAGAAAAACCCUCUGAAAUUGGGAGAGCUUCAAGGGAACCACUUCACUGUUGUCCUCAGAAAUAUAACAGGAACUGAUGAACAAGUUCAGCAAGCCAUGAACUCUCUCAAGGAGAUUGGAUUUAUUAACUACUAUGGAAUGCAAAGAUUUGGAACAACUGCUGUCCCCACAUAUCAAGUAUUCUCAGCAGAAUCUGUUCAGACUGAAAAGGGCUACUUGGUUAAGUGCAGGGAAGAGUGGGCGAAGACCAAAGACCCAGCUGCUGCCCUCAGAAAACUACCUGUCAAAAGGUGUGUGGAAGGGCAGCUGCUGCGAGGACUUUCAAAAUAUGGAAUGAAGAAUAUAGUCUCUGCAUUUGGCAUAAUACCAAGAAAUAAUCGCUUAAUGUAUAUUCAUAGCUACCAAAGCUAUGUGUGGAAUAACAUGGUAAGCAAGAGGAUAGAGGAGUACGGACUGAGACCCGUCCCGGGGGACCUCGUUCUCAAAGGAGCUACAGCCACCUAUGUUGAUGAAGAAGAUGUUAAUAAUUACUCCAUCCAUGAUGUGGUAAUGCCUUUGCCUGGUUUCGAUGUUAUCUACCCAAAGCAUAAAAUUAGUGAAGCCUACAGGGAAAUGCUCACAGCAGACAAUCUGGAUAUUGACAACAUGAGACACAAAAUUCGAGAUUAUUCCUUAUCAGGAGCCUACCGAAAGAUCAUUAUUCGUCCUCAGAAUGUCAGUUGGGAAGUCGUUGCAUAUGAUGAUCCCAAAAUUCCACUCUUCAACACAGAUGUGGACAACCUAGAAGGGAAACCACCACCGGUGUUUGCUUCUGAAGGCAAAUACAGAGCUCUGAAGAUGGAUUUUUCUCUUCCUCCUUCUACCUACGCUACCAUGGCCAUUCGCGAAGUGCUAAAAAUGGAUACCAGCAUCAAGAACCAGACCCAGCUGAACACCACCUGGCUCCGCUGA